AGUUUAUAAAUGAGCCCCAAUGUGUUUAGGAUGAGUUUCCAGUAGAAAUCAAGUCAGUGGCUGGGAGUGCAGUACCGCUAUUGUGCCAGUAGAGGGAGCAGGGAGACAGCAGAAAGCCGACAGGUCCGCACGCCUCUUCCUGAUCCACUCAGGGCUCAAUCCUCUUCUACUGCACUUUAGUGUUUUUCAGGAAAGGAGGCGGCGGCGGCAUCUUGUCUGUAUCGGGAGGGGACUCCGACUUGAUCCUCUGUGAUUAUAUCUGGCUGCUCGGCUGGAAGCAGUGCCGCAGUGAAGCAGUGAAGCGGUGAGAGCAGCAGGAGCGCGCAACGUGCGCAGCAGCAGCAGUGGGACCGCGUGGGUGGAGAGACGCUGUCAUUCUGCUCCACAAGAAAGUGACGCCAUGGAUUGAGACUAGGCGGCUGCAUUUAAUUGCGAGCUCUCGGGGUUACCUGCCUGGAAGCCACGAGUGGAAUCUGCUUCUCAUCAUCGAGCGCUGGGCAGCGUUUCUGGCGCGUUCUGCUGCCGCUUCUCCUCUCAUUUCAUCUGUUGCUCCGGGGCUGGACACCUGACAAGUGCCAGUCUCUCUGCAAGUUGCCUAAAAGCCGGGACAGCUGGACAGGGAGGCAUCUAGGGUGCUGAUCUAGAGUGCUGCUGGCUGAGGGAUCUAGGGUGCUGCUAAAGAGGCAUGUAGGGUGCUGAUCUAGGGUGGUGCUGGCUGAGGGAUCUAGGGUGCUGAUCUAGGGUGCUGAUCUAGGGUGCUGCUGGCUGAGGGAUCUAGGGUGCUGCUAAAGAGGCAUUUAGGGUGCUGAUCUAGGGUGCUGCUGGCUGAGGGAUCUAGGGUGCUGCUAGGGAGGCAUCUAGGGUGCUGCUAGGGAGGCAUCUAGGGUGUUGCUGGUUGAGGGAUAUAGGGUGCUGAUCUAGAGUGCUGCUGGUUGAAAGAUCUAGGGUGCUGCUUAGGAGGCAUUUAGGGUGCUGAUCUAGGGUGCUGCUGGCUGAGGGAUCUAGGGUACUGCUGGGGAGGCAUCUAUAGGGUGCUGCUAGUGGUGGAAUCUAGGUUGCUGCUGGUUGAGGGAUCUAGGGUGCUGCUGGUGGAGGGAUAUAGGGUGCUGAUCUAGGGUGCUGCUGGUUGAGGGAUCUAGGGUGCUGCGGGGGAGGCAUCUAGGGUGCUGCUGGGUAAAGGGAUCUAGGGUGCUGCUGGGUAAAGGGAUCUAGGGUGCUGCUGGGUAAAGGGAUCUAGGGUGCUGCUGGGCGAGGGAUCUAGGGUUCUGCUGGGGGGAUCUAGGGUGCUGUUGCUUGAGGGAUCUAGGGUUCUGCUGGGGGUUACUGGGGUCACUCUUACAACGGAGCCAUUGGGUACCCCAGGAAUCCAUGUUCUGAAGCGGAGGGGAUCCUUCUGUCCGUGCAGGUGAAACACAGAGCCGGAGUAUGGGGAGGCGGUGAGAAAGCAAUGGUCUACCCUAGGCCCCCUGGCCUCAUCACUGGGCUCCUCCUGGCCGCCCUGUCCCUGAGCUCUGUAGAUGGAGCUAAGGCACUGGGAUUUGUGGGUCAUGGAUACAACCUGACUGUGUCUCAGGGACAUGAAGCCAAGUUGAACUGCAGUUUACAAGGAAUGGAAGAGCCUGAGAUUCAGUGGUUUAAGGACGGUGUCUCUGUGCAGAGUGCUGAUCAGAUGUAUAUUCCAGUGGAUGAAGAUCACUGGAUCAGCUUCUUAAGCUUGAAAAAUGUGGAGCGCCCGGAUGCUGGCAGAUACUGGUGUGAGGCAGAGCACAGUGGGAGAAAGACUGGAUCCGAUGCCAUCUGGAUUAUGGUGGAAGGUGUACCUUAUUUUACUGUGGAGCCAAAAGAUCUGUCUGUGACUCCAAACUCUCCAUUUAACAUGACUUGUGCAGCAGUCGGACCACCUGAGCCACUGGUCAUUAUUUGGUGGGUGGGAGAUUCCCCUCUGGGAAAAUCGGAAAGUUCUCCGUCCGUCUUGCACAUGCCAGGGAUCGGUGAAAAAACUGCAUUCUCGUGCGAAGCUCACAACGCAAAGGGAGUUUCUUCCUCUAGAACAGCCAUCGUUGAAAUUAAAGGGCUGCCUUACCCACCAUUCAAUGUAACGAUAAGCAAAGUGACCGGCAAUACUGCGGCAGUGACAUGGAGACCAGGAUUUAAUAGCUUCUCCCUGAUCAACUCAUGUACAAUACAGGUUCAGUCGUUGCACAGUAACCGGGAAAUGUACUCGCGGCUCAUCUCGGUCCCUCCUUUUGCCGUCGCGUUAGACGAUCUUCAGCCGUUGACAAAUCACAGCGUCCGUGUACAGUGCACAAACGAAAUGGGGGCUUCUCCCUUCACGGAGUGGAAGACAUUUCAUACGAAGGAGACAGUACCAGAACUUGUUCCACAAAAUAUCCAUAUGACCAAGACAGAUACCAGUCUGCUGUUAGAUUGGGAAGAGGUAGAUCCGGAUAAAGAAGGAUACAGCAUUCUUGGUUUCAAAGUGCAGUGGGAACAAGAAAACACCACACAAGGUGAGUUGUUUGUACAGGAGAACCAAGCCAAUCUUACCAAGUGGAACCCAGAGAAGGAUCUGACAAUAAGGAUUUGCAUAGCCAAUGCUGCUGGUUGCGGACCUUGGAGUGAGUUUCUCCUGGCAGCCUCAAAGGAAGAAGCUGGCAAACAAAGGCACCCGCAUACCAGAAUGUCCUGGGUUCCCAUGGUUUUGGGAAUCCUAACAGCCUUAGUGACAGUAGUCGCAAUGACCCUAAUAUUCCUGAGGAAGCGAAGGAAAGAGACACGCUUCGGGAAUAUUCUAGGCUCAAUACUUGGAAGAGGAGGGCCAGUAAUUCAGUUUACAGCUGCCAGAUCUUUUAACAGGAGGGGACCUGAGGUGAUGGAAGCCACGUUGGACAGCAUUGGGAUUAGUGAUGAACUGAAAUCCAAACUUAAAGAUGUACUCAUACAACAGCAGCAGUUUACUCUGGGACGGACACUAGGAAAAGGUGAGUUUGGGUCUGUCAGGGAAGCCCAAAUGAAGAUGAAAGAUGACACGAUGCAGAAGGUGGCAGUAAAGAUGUUGAAGGCGGAGAUUUUCUGCUCCAGCGAUAUUGAAGAAUUCUUGAGAGAAGCCGCUUUUAUGAAAGAGUUUGACCACCCAAAUGUCUGCAAAUUAAUAGGUGUAAGUUUAAGAAGUCGCACAAAAGGAAGGCUCCCUGUCCCCAUGGUCAUCCUGCCAUUUAUGAAACAUGGCGACUUACACACUUUCCUGCUGAUGUCUCGUAUUGGGGAAGAACCUAUUACGCUGCCUAUACAAACCUUAGUCAGGUUCAUGAUUGACAUCUGCAGUGGGAUGGAAUACCUUAGCUCUAAGCACUUCAUCCACAGGGACCUUGCCACCCGCAACUGCAUGUUGAAUGAAGACAUGACAGUGUGUGUGGCAGACUUUGGGCUCUCCAAAAAGAUCUACAGUGGCGACUACUACCGCCAAGGCUGUGCUUCCAAACUUCCAGUAAAGUGGCUGGCUAUGGAGAGCCUUGCGGACAAUGUUUACACUGUGCACAGUGACGUGUGGGCAUUUGGAGUGACUCUGUGGGAGAUAGUGACUCGGGGACAGACUCCCUACGCUGGUGUGGAGAAUUCCGAAAUCUACAGCUACCUCAUUGCUGGGAACAGACUGAAGCAGCCGCCGGACUGCCUGGAUGAGCUAUAUGAGUUGAUGUGCCAGUGCUGGAUCACUAAGCCAAAGAGAAGACCCAGCUUCGUGGACCUAAAGCAGCGCUUAGAAGCUAUUUGGGGGCGGCUGUCAAUCCUAUCUGCCAGUCAGGACGCAUUGUACGUGAACCUUGGGGAGACUUGUGGAGCAGCCGCAGCUGUUUCUGGACUGCAUUCUGCAUUUUGCAGAGAGGAGGAUUAUUGUGCCGGCCCUUCACAGACAUGUGACACAUCUGCAAUCACCAGCGACUAUCGCUAUAUUGUGAACCCAGGGUGCCUUAGAGAAGGGAAUGGGUGGUCUUCUAGUGCCCAGAAUGGGGAAGCGCGUGGGCUUUUGCACGAAGAGGAGGAGGAGGAGGAAGAAGAAAUGCAGGAAGAACAAGUAGUCAUCACUCUUUAGCAAACACCUCUCAUAUAUAGCAUUGUACUUUGAGUUUGAUUGUGAUACCCUUUAUGGACUACUAAUCAAACAAACUAGAAAGUAGACUUGGAUUUGCUUCCACAAUUCUCAUCUGUGUCUCAUACCUCCUGGUCUCUUUUUUCCUCUAGUUCGGCACACUCUUGAAGGGCACCUGUUGGCAAAAAACAUUUUUCCCCAACCAAAGGUGCGGGCUAAUAAAGCCUGCACUCCAGUUCGGAGGAACAGUAGUUUUUAAGGUUAAAAAAAAAUGCCCCCUGCCAGCGCUAGGCCACUGGGAGGGAGCCCCAAGAGUGGCCAUGUUGGGGCACAUAAUAAGUGAAUUCUGCGACUUGUUCAUUAUGCACAUGCAUGAGACGUCAGAAGAUGCACAACAUAGACAAUCUAUUGCAUAAGCAGUCAUUUUUUUCUAACAAAUGCUUCCUCAACCUAACAUUUAUGUUUCCAGCUGCAUCCAACGCAUUCAUGCUGUAAGUCACUGACAGAUUUCACCUGCUCUAAUAGGCUGAUUCCAGCAUUAGUCAUCCUUUUGCUAUGCACUCUUGGCAAACAGCAAGGCUGAGUUGUUUGCAGUAGGAAAGCAAUGUUAGACCGAGGAAGUACACCAAUGAAAAAUGUAGCAUCCACCACAUUGUGGAUUUAUAUUCAUAAAAGGACAAUUUUCCUUUACAUUAGACACUAAGGGGCUGAUUCACUAUGGGUCGAAUAUCGAGGGUUAAUUAACCCUCGAUAUUCGACUAG